GCGCACGCCUAGUGGCACCCCGCGUCAUUCCGCGCCAAACCUCCGCGCGCGACGCAUGUGUCGCGACGCUUGAAGUGCCGCGCGCGAUCGAUCUAUCGCCCGCUCGAAGCGUGACUUUGCUCUCGAAGGAUUUACUGUGCGAUGUGCUAUGAAGUUUGUUCUGUGACCGCCCUCUAGGGUUGAAUUACUUUUGUCAGUGACUGGUUUUACAUUUGGAUCUAUAUUACCAAGUGAAACUAUGCUGAAACACGUGGCAGUGUCGCCGCAUCGGCAGCGUGCCGAUUCGGUCAGCCUGGCCUCGUCGGCCUCUUGCUGUAGUCUUGGCAGUCUCGAGCAUCGCCACGACUCUGUCACCGAUCUUUCGCAUCGAACGACGACAAUUAAAGUUUUCGCGCGUUGUCUCCGACCUGACAUCGAAUACAAGACCCUCUCGGUGACAUGGGGCACGCGAGCAAGGGAAGUCGUGUCCACGCUCUUGGGCAAGUUUCGGAUGCGGCACAGGGAUCCAAGGCUCUUCUAUCUAAGCAUGGAAGUGAGAGUCAGAGCUGCUGGUCUGCGAACCACACUGGUGUUGGAUGACGACGCCAGACCUGCAGCGUUGCAGGCUUGCCAUCCUAAGGGAUAUUCCAAAUUUUCUCUGCAAAUGCGACCAGGUGGGUUAGUGAAGAUCUACGACUCUGCGUUGAUGUCCUCGUCGCAGUACAAGUGUAUCCUUACCAGCGAGCGCACCACUGCAGAUGAACUGCUCGCGAUUUUGCUGCAUUGUUAUGAUUCUACUGAAGGAGUUGAACGCUUUUCGCUUUAUGAGGUGUGUCCAUCACAAGAGUAUGAGCGCAAACUCCACCCCGACGAUUUGCCUCUGUUAGUGCAGCGAUCGUGGGACCCCGACACCGAUUGCCAUUUCAGAGUGCGGCGCAAUCCUCGCGCGCCUCCGCUUCCACCCCGCGCACUUUCAUCAAGUGACCCCAUCGAAGAAGAGGAUGAACCUUCACGAGCCCUCUCAGCGCUUUCUUUAGAGUCAGAUAAUGAUCAUAAAAGAUACAGCCCUGUCUAUAAAUUUCCAAGCAUAAGCUACUGUCGAGAAACAAAAAACGACUAUCUCUACAUCUGACUAGCCGUCCACUUGUCUCAAUUCGGCAGAAAGUGGUGCAGGGAAUACUGCAAGUGGAGAAAAGUGUCAGUGAGGACUCGUAAACGCCUGUUGUAAAUAAUAAGUUAAGUGUAAAUAAGUACUUUGCUAUUACCUCAGGGUAGGCGUUAAAGUGAAAUGUAAAUGCGAAUUCAACCCCGAUUGUUUAUAAUUUUGGUAAUCUCUUUAAGAUGUGUGAAACCAAAGAGAUGUUGCAAUAUAUUUACUAAUACUUGUACCUAACACAAAAAAUAGUGGUACUUUAGAUGAAAAUCACAAUGUAUCUUGUUACAAAUUGGGCAGUUUAUAUUUAGAUUUAUUAACUGUAAAGAAUCGACCCGAAAGAAUUUAUUGUUCGCUGUAUGUCUAGUCUUACCAGUGUUUGUCCGGAUUGUCACAGACGGAGACCAAAUUGCAACGUAUACCGAUGUAAGCAGGAUUGUGAAUUUGUACAUAGAGUUACGUAGGUUAGCUAGUAGAGACCAAAGAGGCAGCGAUUGAGAGCUAGAGAGCUAUUUAUCUGUUAAGCGUUGUAUGUUUAAUUUAUUUGUGCGAACGCCGCCGCACGAUGUUACACAUCCUGAAAUUUACUGAAUAUGCCUGUAAUAAACUGCAAUAUGU